GAGCGUCCUCUCUCUCUCUCUCUCUCUCUCUUCUCCCCCUUCUCUCUCCUUCAUAACCCCCUCCUCCUUCCACCAGCUCUUGUUCUUUUCAUGAGAUGCAGAGCUAAGAAGCUAGGAGAGUAGCACGGUGCUGCAGUUAUUCUAGAGAUAACUGUGGUCAGGCUGGCUGCCCUUCACGCUCCCUGAUGUACCAGGAGGCUGCAGACCCUGUCAUUCAGGGCCUCGACGAGCCAUGCCCAUCAAGCACCUGCCAAAACCACAUAGCCACCACCAUGCUGACAGCUACAAGACAGGGCCUCUCCGAUCACACAAUUGGCAAAGAUCCACAGGUCGUGAGGACAGGUCAAAGGCAGAACAGAGGGAUGAGAACUCGCCUGGGCUGCCUGUCUCACAAAUCAGACUCAUGUAAUGAUUUCACAGCCAUUCUUCCAGAUAAGCCCAACCGGGCUUUGAAAUUAUCAACAGAAGAAGCCACAAGAUGGGCAGAUUCUUUUGACAGUCUCUUGUCCCAUAAAUAUGGGGUGGCUGCAUUCCGCGCCUUCCUGAAGACAGAGUUCAGCGAGGAGAAUCUGGAGUUCUGGCUGGCCUGUGAGGAGUUCAAAAAGACCCGGUCGACAACCAAACUGGCAUCCAAGGCCCACAGGAUCUUUGAAGAAUUCAUUGAUGUGCAAGCUCCUCGAGAGGUGAACAUAGACUUCCAGACACGAGAGGUGACAAGAAAUAAUGUGCAGGAGCCCUCACUAUCUUGCUUUGACCAGGCCCAGGGGAAAGUGCGCGGCCUCAUGGAGAAAGACUCUUACCCCAGGUUCCUGAGAUCCAAAAUUUACACAGACCUGCUGACCCAAACCCAGAGGAGGCUCAGCUAGAGCAGGGAUGGGACCCUCAGAAACCAUAAGCUUCCCAUGGCAGCCAAAACCAUUUCCAAAUGUGAAACUUCAUUGGUGUUUAAAAUAAGCGGUGGUAAAGGAGGAAGGGGAGAGAGAAAGGGGGAGCCCAUUUCAGAGUGUGACACAAACGCAGUACUAGGAGUCUGUGUGUGUGUUUGGUUAGUGGUAGCACCUAGCAGAUUCUGGCCUAUUCAGGAUCAUAAAUAUGUCCUCUGUGGUGCACUGGGUCAUCUAUCAAGAAGGCAGGUUUCCCAAAACUUACCACACUGGUUAGUUGGUAAAUAAUGCCAAUAUGAACUUCCAUCCUUCCAGACCUCUUCCCCACCCUCAACUAUCCCACAUAUUUGGACGGGACACUAAGGGCAGUCAUGAAACUAGUGUAACUGAGCACAAUCUAAAGCAGUGCUGUCGAUCAUGUGAGGGCGUGGGCAGUUGGAACUCCAAGCUAGAGACCAUGGGACCAUGAGACCUUGAGCUGUCUCCCCAGGUAGAACUGAUCAACUGAGUCAGCUCUUUCUUCCAUUUUUGUUGCUCACACUGUGAUGUCAGCCAUAACCUUGCUGCACCCCCUUCCUAUCUGAUGAUGCCCCCCAACCCUAAAGUCCUUCUCUUUAGGGGAGGGAAGCUGAAUGUUAUUUUCACUUGCAUUGUCAAGGAGCCAAAGUUUCCUCCCCAGGAGGCCAAACCAAAAGCCCUUACUAGAAAUGGUUCUAGUACAAAUUAUAAUUAUUAUUUGAUUGAUUUGUUUUGUGGGAGCAGAUAGGAGCCCCAGGCAUGUUGCAGGGCCCCAUUGUGCUAGGCUCUAUAUCAAAACCAUAACAAAAAGAUACUUCUUGCCCCAGAAGAGCUUUGUAGUGUUGGGAGGCAACAUGUGAUGCUCCAUCAUGCUAAUUCCUAACAAGAAAGGGGAACGCAGGUGCUGCCUGUUAUAUGAGAACUCACGUUUCAUGCAUUGCAUGAUCGGGCAUGACAGGGAGAGGUAAAAGAAAAGGGAUUUGUGUGCAAUGUAGCACAACACUUAAAAACCGCCUCCGUCCUGACCUCAUGCAGCAGCUGAUAACAUUGAUACUGAAGUUAUUUGUAUUUAUUGUCCAUAGACUGCUUUUAUUUAUUGAUUGCUAACUGUGUGUUCAGUGCUGUACAGACAAAUAUGGAGACGCAGUCUCUACUGUGAAAACAGAUAGGACAGUGGAAACAUGUCAUGCACUGGAUGAAUCCAGUUUUGAAGCAGUAUAUAAGACACUUAUUUGCUGUUGUAUUUUCCAUAUUUUUGUUGCAUAGCUUAAGGAAGGAUUAUGCACAGACAUCAACUGUGUCACACAACCACCAAGUUAUGCAUAAAUAAAUUUACAAUAGGCUCCAAUUUCUGUGGUUAGGGUGGUCUGUGGGUUUGCUAUCCAAAAAAGUUUGGAUUAAAAAUUUGAUUCAAAAUUGAGUAAACAGGACGGACUGGAGUCUAAAGCUACACACAGCAAAGUAGGAAAAAGCUGCAUGGGUCUCAAAAAGUAUUGCAUAUCCAUGCAUUAGGUAGGACACAGCUUUCAAGCUCUGUUUUGAGGGAUGCUAUGCCGGGGGAGCUGCUGGAUGUAUAGCCUCUGUUCUGUAGUCAUUAUGAGGUUUCUCUCAUUAGGAUGGAGGGUUUUGUUAGUGCAUCAUUGUUUUUAUUAAAUAAAUGUCUUCCCAGUCCUAUCUCUAUAAUGUGAGCACUGGAUGGAAUUGACACUCGGGCUGAAUGGGAAGGGAAGGGGAGAGGAGAGAGAGAGAGCUGAUGCAUGGUUAGGUGCAGAGUGGCUUAGCUUUGCUGAACAGUUCUCAUAUGCCAUUGUCGUUGACCAGUAACCAAAGUUUUGCAUGGUGGUGACACUUGGGCUCCAGGUGACUGGGUAUUUGUGGUUCGGGAAUCACAAUGAGGGUGGGGAGCAUGGUUGUCUCAUUUCAGAGUCAUGUGCAGCAGGUCAGAGUUCUUAGGCACCAGAGGCUAUAUGCUGUAUAGGGAAAAUGUGUUUUCUAAAGAAAGAUUACCUUACAGCAUCUGACAGCACUGUUAUUCUAAAACUGAUUCUCUACUUUGCAUUUUGCAGACCACUUUGUAAGAGAGAGACCCUCUCAUGGGUCAAUUUUCAUUCUAUUAGAGGGACUAUCAGAAAGGGCAUUGUGCCCUAUGAUCUGAGAACCAUUGUUUACCGAUGUCCUUCGCAACUGGAUUGUAAAAUAAGUGGCAGGGACUGGAACACAGGUUUGCAAGGUGUGUGGAACUGAGCCUGUGUAACGCUGACAGAUCCUGGUUGUCAGCGGGCGGGAUUGAAGCUGGGGCCUCUGGAGCUUAGUGCAUGAGCCUCUAUUGCAUGAGCUAAAAGCUAAUAGCUGAGCCUAUAGAGCAGGCUCAUUUUAUAUCUCUCUCUCUGUGGUCUCGGUGCCAUUAGAUGGGACACAACACCUCACCCAGGAGGUGUGUGGGUUACAUCUGCACCCAAAUGCAGGCCCUAUAGUACAGCCCCUCUAUCUAUUUUCUUUAAAAGUACCUCUAGAACAGUGGUUCUUAACCUGGGGUGCACACACCCCCUGGAGGUGCGAGAUGCCCUUUCUGGGGGUGAGAGACAUGCCAGAUUUUUUUAGAAGGUAAAUCAUCGAAAACACAAAUUAAUCACAGGCAGGUAAGUACAACUAUAUUUUAAUCAAACCUAUGUAUUUAUUAACAUUAUACAUUUUAGCGAUUACUGUCACAAAUAAAAAUAUAUCUAGGUUUAAAGAACUGACCUACUUCAAUGAAUUUUGAUAAGGGGUGCGAGAACGUAUUUUGAGAACCAAAGGGGUGCAGGCUGCAGUAAAGGUUAAGAACCACUGCUCUAGAAUCUAUCAUGAAUUCCCUUAGCCAAUUCAUUUUGUCAACCUAGCAAACAAGAUCGCAGAGGUAACUAUUUCAGGAACCUUGUGCAAUACACUAGAAGGAAUCAAAAACUGAUGAAAUUAUUCUUUGGUUAUUCCUGGGCUAUAUUUUUGUCCUACUAAACAGAAUUAAACCACAUAUACAUCCCCAUUGUGCUGCAGAUGUAAGAUAAAAGUGCAAGGGGGGAGGGUGGGGGAGAUCACUGAGAGACGCUGGGAAAAAAAUUUACUCACAUCAUUCCACAGGGUUCGUGGAACAUUCCGAAUGUGUUUUCUGUGCAAUUGGAGGCAGACACCAAGAGAGCUACUGAGGAAUUGAGGUGAACUCUUCUCCCUAUGACACAAACUGUGGCACCCUCAUUUAGGGCUAUGUUGUUUUUAGAUGUGGGGAGCUCCUGUUGAGUUAAGUUGAAGUCAAUGGGAGCUGGAUGCACAGAAUUUGCUCCUUAAUGCAGAAGUGUCUAGGUGACUCCUUGCAUGAACAUGAACUGGUGCAUGAAACCAAUGACUCUACAGCUUUUGAACUGGUGAGCACACUCUUCAGUGUGACAGGAUGGGCACGCCUAUAUUGUGCCUUUCAGGUACUGGCUGAAAGGUCUUAGCUGUCUUUUAUGACACUAUGGUCUGGGACAGACACCACAAGUGACAACACUGAAAGUGCUGAGAUUGUGAAGGCAGGGGAGGGCUAUGUAUAUUUUAUCUUUUAUAUUAAUCCACAUAUUGUGGCUGUGAAUGCAAAGGGUGCAUAUAUGCACAACUCUGUCCUUUUUUCCAAGUGAAGAAUCAUUGAAACAGAAUGUAGGACUGGAUAGAUCAUCUAGUCCAGUCCCCUGCACUGAGGCAGGAUUAAGUAUUAUCUAGACCAGCAUGUAACUGAAAGUGCUUGUGGGGGAUGCGUAGUCAGUGCUUUUUAAAGAGAAGAAAGUUGGUCAUUUUUACUUCUUGUUUAUAAGGCGCCCAAAAAGGCUCCAUCCACAGCACAUUAAAGACUCCGGGGAUACUUCAACAGAUGGUAUCCUCAGUACCUGCUAAUACUUCCCAGCCCUUUGGGAGGCCAACCUAUUCGGCAGAGAGCUCAGCCUACUAUAGAAGCACUGUGAGAAAAUAUUGCACAGGUCGAGUCAGCCAGUUGGCAUAAAAAAAACAGUAAAGUGAGAGUUUCUGCAUGACUGGGAAUGAAGGGCAAGUAUAGCUGGACAGCUGAGGGCUGGAUGGAAAGUAUAUGGGAUGGGGAGGAGAAGGGAGGUUUCUCUCACCAACUAGAGGGGGUGAGACAGUUGACUGUCCAUUUAAAAAGACCUCCCCAGGCUGAGUGAUUUUAUCUGAUGUAAGCUGUAUGCUCCCACUCCUUUGCUUCUAUCGCUUCAUCCAAACGAAAUGAUUGGGAUGAAGCUAUGGAAAAUUUGACACUAUUGCAGAUUUUGGAACAGACUGGGCAGCUGGCCAGAUCAGUGCCCAUCCCCAUACUAAAAUAUCUGCAGGACUUCCUGAUGUAUGCUCAGUGUGAUUCUCACCAACAUUGCUGUCUUGAGCUCCACUACUAUUCAUGGCAGUAAGGCCAGAUAGAAAACAACCUAAUGAUUUAAAGCUUUUUUUUUUUUAAACAGAAGAAAUUAGCAUAAUUUGCUGUCUUUUAUGCUAAAUGUCAGCCUGAAUUGAAUGAAAAUAGGAAAGUUAUGUAAUCGCCUCCUUUAAAAUCAGGAGCUCGUGAAGAAAAUAGUGAUUUAGCCUCAGCCAUUGCAAACACUAUGCUAGUCUAGAAGGAUAAAUCCUCAAAGAUUAAUACCCUGCCUUCGCUUCAACUCUUAUUGAUGUUAAAGGGGCAUCAACAACUUAUCACACUUCCCUCUGAAAAUUCUGGACCCAGUAUUGUUAUAACGAAGGCUGCUAUAAUCGAAAGGGGUGGGAGAAAAAAUUGUUUCUUUCUACCUUUGCAUUUGACAACACUUUGCAUAUUUCCCCUGAACAGCUUGUCAGUUUGUGAUGAUCUAUGACAACAAGAGGGAAGAGCAAAUACUUUUAAAAAUAGGAAAAUGCAAUUUUAAAGUUACCAAAUUUGAGGGACACAGAGGCAGGGGUAGAAAUUGAAACUGCUUUUAACCUUUUUCCCCGAUUAACCAGAUUUGAAGUUGUCUGUCCCUUUAAAUGUAAACAUUAGUGCAUUGACGAGUCCAUGCCUUCCACACUGGGAAGUAUGAAGGGCCAGGUCUUGAUCAUCUUGGGAUAUGUCUACACUACAGCCUAGUCUAUAGCACUGCAGCUGUGCACAGUAGGAAGCAUCUACACUACGGUGCUACAUCAAGAGAAUGGGUUUUUCCACCAGUGUAGUUAAUCCCCCUCUCUGAGAGGCAGGAAGCUAGGCUGAUGGAAGAAUCCUUCCUUUGACUGCAUCUAUACAGGG